CUACUCUUGCUUUCAAUAUUUAUUCUUGACGAAGAAGAGAACCAUCCAUCAAUGGCGGCAACCACCCUCCACAUGGAAUCGAACCUCCUGUCAUGGAAACAUUAAAGAAAUGGGCUCCUAAAAAUUAAAAAAUAUAGUUCUGUUCUCUACUCUCAUCCUUCUUCCGGACCUUCUCUCAAAUGAUUAUCCAGCACGAGUUUUCUCUGCAUGAUUGCAUAAGAAGCGAAACAACUUCCCAAAGGAAACGAUUCCCGCUGAACUUCCGUCGCCAUCAUUGCCAACGGCCCAGUACUUUUGCAGCGGUCAUCUGGCCGGGGGUUCUCAGUGAGCCUGUUGAAGACAAGCAAGCUCUGCUUGAUUUCUUCCAUAAUAUCCCCCACUCGCCCUCUCUCAAUUGGAAUGAGAGCAGAUCAGUCUGCAAAGACUGGACAGGAGUAUUAUGCAACACUGAUCAGUCUAGAGUAGUAGUUCUACGAUUACCUGGGACCGGGUUGCGUGGUCCAAUCCCGGUGAACACUCUUAGCCGCCUAUCCGCACUCGAGACUCUAAGCCUCAGAAUAAAUAGGAUAUCGGGACCUUUGCCCCCUGAUUUUUCCAAGCUAGAAAGUUUGAGUUUCUUAUAUCUGCAAUACAACAAGUUUUCUGGCCCUUUGCCUUUGGAUUUUUCAGUUUGGAAGAACCUUAGUGUGGUCGAUCUUUCAAACAAUUUAUUUAAUGGGAGUAUUCCUUCUUCUAUCUCAAAGUUGAGUAAUCUGACAGUUCUCAGUCUUGCAAACAACUCGCUUUCGGGCGAAAUUCCAGACCUUGAGAUUCCAAGUUUGCAACGGUUAGAUUUGUCCAAUAAUAAUCUUACAGGAAAUGUGCCUCAAUCUCUUCAAAGAUUUCCAAGUUGGGUAUUCUCUGGAAACAAUCUUACUGCAGAACAUGGUGCAGUUCCCCCAUCUUUUCCGCUUCUGCCCCCUGAUGUUCAACCGACUAGAAAUCGCAAAGUACUGAGUGAAUCUGCAAUACUGGGUAUUGCAAUUGGUGGUUGUGUUAUUGGGCUUCUUAUACUAGCUAUUUUGUUGACUGCUUUCUGGUUGAAAAAGGGUAAAGAAAAUGAUAGUUCCACCAUGGAGCCCAAAAAGAAGGAAAGCUCUGUGAAGAAAAAGGGUUUUGAUAGCCAAGAACAAAAGGACAACCUUACUUUCUUUCAGGAUUCUAAUCUUGCAUUUGACUUGGAAGACCUGUUGAGGGCAUCUGCUGAGGUUCUCGGGAAGGGAACCUUCGGAGUGAGCUAUAAGGCUGCUCUGGAGGACACGACGACGGUGGUAGUGAAGAGGUUGAAUCAAGUUACAGUUGGGAAACGAGAAUUUGAACAGCAGGUGGAGUUGAUUGCAAACAUUAAGCACGAGAACAUCAUUUCCUUAAGAGCAUACUAUUAUUCAAAGGAUGAGAAGCUUAUGGUCUAUGACUACUGCGCACAAGGGAGUGUGUCUGCAAUGCUACACAAUAAACAAGGCGAAGGUUUGUGUGUGUUAGAUUGGGAAGCUCGGAUGAAAAUUGCUAUCGGAGCGGCUCGAGGUCUUGCUCAUAUUCACGCAGAAUCCGGUGCAAAAUGUUGCCAUGGAAACAUCAAAGCCUCAAACAUUUUCCUCAACUCUAAAGGAUAUGGCUGUGUAUCUGACGUUGGUUUAGCCGUGUUGAUGAAUUCAGUUAUGGUACCAGCAACGAGAACUCCUGGUUAUCGAGCCCCGGAAGUGACCGACACUCGGAGGGCAUCGGAAGCAGCAGACGUGUACAGUUUUGGGGUGGUGUUGCUGGAGCUUCUGACUGGAAAAUCCCCGAUUCACGUUGAAGGUUGUGAUGAAGUUGUUAAUUUAGUGAGGUGGGUGAACUCUGUGGUGAGGGAGGAAUGGACAGCAGAAGUGUUUGAUGUGGAGCUUCUCAGGUAUCCAAAUAUAGAAGAAGAAAUGGUGGAGAUGCUGCAAAUUGGGCUGUCUUGUGUUGCAAAAAUGCCUGAGCAGCGACCAAAAAUGAUGGAUAUAGCGUCGAGAAUCGAGCAGGUUCGACUAGUGAGUAGUGGAACUCGACCAUCGUCCGGGUCAAAGUCAGAGUAUUCGACUCCAACUCGUGUAAUUGAAAUCGGUUCUUCUUCACAUUUACAUUGAAAUUAAUUAUCAUCUUUGUGUCUGUUUUGGUGGUCACACAGUAGAACAUAGGUUAUUUUGUCCUUGAAUUGAUUUCUAUUCAUUUAAACUCAUUGAAUUGAGGGUUUAGUUUUGCUUGAGCCUUUUGGUUACCUCUGACCUCUAGAGAAAAAAUAAGAUGUCUUCGUCAUUGAAUUAUAUUUA